AUGACAUCAUUUAUGUUUAUGGGUCAUAAGAUCAUACAAUUAAAGGCACUAGAUAUGAUUUAGAAAUGCAAAGCGUUCGCUGAUUAAAAGUGAUUUUUUGUGUUCUUAUUUUUAGUGUGAAUUCAGCGCCACAGUCACCAAAGCUACAGUAUCUAGAUUAUUGGAAGUUUCAAGCACAGAUCAACCUUUCUUUGCAACUUAUGACUUUACAUAAAUACUACAAGCAAUACUACUACAAAUAAAACUAACACAACAACAUCAACAACUGUUACUUUAUCAAUUUAAACGAUGUCUAGGAUCAUAAUUAUGUCAAUCCCAGCACAUUAUAUAUAUUUAGGAUUGUUAAUCGGGUUGAAUUAUCAUCUAAGAUAUAUAAGAUUGUGAUGAAAAUCUAAAUUAGAAUAUCUUAGAUUCUAUCUUGCCAAUCAAACAAAACUUAACUAGAUGCUUUUAACGAAAUGCUAAUAAUCAGGCUAUUUAGUCGACAAAUGGUAGAACCAUUAAUAAAGAAGGAAUAGUUUGUCUACUUUUUCUCCUUUUUUAUCGUUAACAUUUUUUUUAACUAUUUCAUAUUCAAAUUGUUUUGA